GAUUUAAGUUGUGUCAGGAAGAAUUUAUACUCUUCAAUAUUUGUAAAAGUUUCUCUUUACGAUUCUUUUUUCGUGAGAAACUCCAUUUGUCUCUAAUGAAAUUAAUUCAGAGGUCAAAAGACAAGGAAAUACUAACCUGGUGCAUUCGUGCUAGUUAACUGGUUAGUGGUUUCAAAUAUAGGCAACUAAGAAUGAUUUAGAUGAUUUAGAUGAUAUUUGGAACUUAGGUGUUUCUAACUUGAAGGAUGGAACUUUUUGUACAACUGAUGAUGGAAACAAAGGGUAUGAACUAUGGAUGUUUGAGCCUUUGAAGAACAAAAAAAGGAGAUAAUGUAUUUUCUUCAUUUUAACAAAUCAAUUAUUUAUGUUAUUUCCAUAGCCUUUUCACUUAUUAUGGUUGGAUAACGGAGUAAAGAUUUGUUUACAAUUUGUUUGUUUACGGACAUGGAAAAACAAUCAAGUGUAUGUUAAAGGUCGACCAAUUCUAAACACAAUCAUAUACAAGCAAUCUUAACUUUGGUAGAAAAAUGGAACUGCAAUCAUUGCUUUGGCUUAUACUGACAUUUAUAUGCGUCGUAUGGAUAAUUUCAAGACCGGCCUCAUAUAACGUCUUCAAAUCAUGCGGGUUUCUGAGUGCAUUCUUUGCAUCUCUUAUUGAAGAUGUAGAAACGACUGUUUACUUAAAGCUUUCUUCUUUGGAAGAAGCCAUUAACUGUUUUGAAGAACAUAAUCAACCAUCACCCGUAAGUGUUAUGCUAGAGGGGAACCUUUUUCUACUUCAUCAAAGGAUUAAUCAAAUGAAAAAACAAGUUUCGCUGGACUUUCAGAAGUACAACUUACGUUCUCGAUUAUAUUCGGGAAUUUGCUACCUACUUGAGUAUAAACGUUUCAAAUAUUCUUUCAAAAGAUUAGCAAAAAAAACUACCAAUAAAACGGGAUGCAGUUGUAAAUUAUCCCAAUGCAAAUUGAAUCGAUUAAUGGCUGCAAAUACGACAUACAACCGAAGCCUUCAGAAAGGGUUCAAAAAGAUUCGGAGCUUUUUAAGUGAAUAUGCCAUAAAAUAUCUCAUUAUCCUAGUUUUCCUACGAGCAAUAAUUUUCAUCAUCCACAAAUUCUCGUUACAUGCUGAAAGCCCUAAUUUCGUGAAAUUGAAGCUUACUGAAACAUGGAGCAAGAACGUUUUGUUUCUCGUAUUCUUUAUUUUUUGCUUACAAUGGGAUUCAAUAUUUAAGCUUCCUUUCAGAUUUGCUGCUUCUCCCAACAUUUAUGAGUUUAUGGCAGACACGAUGAUCAAAUGCAAAUACCCUUCUAAAAAAACUGGCCAGCUUGAGCAGCAAAAUUAUAUCGAAAAUUUAGACUUAGAAAAAAGAAAAGAAAACAUCAAAGUGUUUUUGGAUAGUUUAUCCGAAAUCAGAUCAAAGGAAGAAGUAAAAAAGGACUUUACGUUUGAAAAAGUAUCCUUUAGAAAAUACCUAUUGGACAAUGAAAGUUAUAUUUAAACAAUUAAAUUAAUCCCACAUUAAUACUUACAAUAUUUCCCUUCAAACUUUUGUUGUUCUAGUUGAUAAUGAAGUUACUUACAUUGAUUUCAUAAUUUAUUCGACAGUUUAGCCCUCC